AUGGAGGUGACCGAGUUUGUUUUCAAGGAGAGAGAGGAGGCUCUCCUUGUUGGAGACUACAAUGCCUACCGGGCGCACACUACGAGAAAGUUACAGAAACUCCGCAAGAAGCUUGGGCAGGCCACUGUGAAAGGCCGCAAGUAUACUGCCAAGCCAGCUGUCACUUCUGAGAAUAUUGGAAGCAAUGUAUUAUAUGUACACCUUUUGCUUCUUAGUUCCGAACGAGCUUGGGCGCAAGCAAUGCACAUGAAAUCCACACAUUCCGCGGACCCUUCCGCCAAGGGGAUCUCUGGCUCUGCUAGACGGCACAUCAUUUCUCGUCUGAACAAGGCAACUGGGUAUGCGUCGCAUUUGGUCUCACUGCUCCACGAAAGAUCGCUUUCUGGUGCGAGCGAUACAGAUAUUCUGGAGACUAGGGCUUAUGCCGCAAUGAUUUCGGGAACUCUGUGGCUCGAAAAGCGGAGAUGGGAACAAUGUCUACGUGACCUCUCUAUCGCAAGGGUCAUCUACACAGCCUUGGGUCAGAGGGUCAAGAAAGACGCUUUCAGAGAUCUGCUCUCAGGGACUGUUGAUCCUAGUCUUCGAUACGCUGCCUAUCAGCUGAAGCUCCCCCGCUCCAAACCUACCUCAUCGCUGGCUAUCGAAUUCUUCCCAUCGGAUUCGGAGAUUCGUGCCGAGGUUGAGAAGAUUGACCCAUCUUGUCUUGCCGAAGAAGCAGCCGGAACCCGACGAACUGCGGAAGGCGAAGUGCAAGAGCUGCCUCAAUCUGUCACUUGGAGAUCGCGGACUGUUCCACUCGAUGAUGCUUCAAUCUCCCAAUCGCUAGCCGCUGCCUCAGCCGCAGAGGCCCACCUCACUACCUGGCUAGCGGAUGCGGGGAAGUCUGCCACCGCCAAGGAGAAAGCUGCCGCAUAUGACAAUGUGAUUAUCGCCAGUCAAGAUGCUGUCGACGCGACCAAAACUGCGAUUGAUGACCUGGCCAGUGAAGGUGUUGAUCCCAGUGAUAAGAGAAUGCAGGCACUGCAAAUCACUCGCACUGCAGUGAAUUACACGUUGGUUGGCUGGCGAGUUGGCCGUAACCGGGUGUUGUGUGGGGAGAGGGAUGGUUUAUCGUUGGAAGAAGAUGAAGCCACCGCUAGUGGAGCCGAAUCAGCGAAACACACUGCUGGCAAUGGGAAGAAAUUGAACAAGCUUCGUGAGCGUGUCGUUCUGUAUGACUCGACCCUCCAAAGCUUGGAUUUCAUUCUUGAGCUCCCCGGUGUUGCGGCCGACUCGGCCCUUGUACAGGAUCUAGAAGCCAAGCGGCACUACUUCCGGGCUCUCAGAUGCCUUGCUUUGGCUAGAUCUCACGCAGUUCUCUCGAAGUCAAAGGAGGCUCUUGCCCUAUUUUCACAGGCCUCGAACCUCGCCGACUCCGCUACCCCGCAAGCAUCUGCCGAUGCUGAAGGUGUCCCCAAGCUUGAUGUCUCUGCAGUGCAAUCAAGUACCUUGCAGUCGACUUUGCGACAGUUGGUUGCUCGGUAUCGUGGACUUGUCACCGUGGAGCAGGCCACUGCCGAAGAGGCAUCGCAGUCGAGCCAGCGUCCAGUGGUGGAGCGACUACAACAAUUUGCGGGAUCUGCCGUGAACUUGAACAAUCUUGUGCCCUACCCGCCGCAGAUGCAACCCAUCCCGGUCAAGCCCCUGUUCCUCGAUGUGGCAUGGAACUAUAUUGAUUAUCCUCGGGAAGGCCAGCGACAGGAGGCUCCGGCGCAAGCCCAAGCCCAGGCCCAAGCUCCUGUGGAAGAAGUGACAAAGGGCAAACGUGGAUGGUUUGGAUUUGGUCGCUAA